AUGGAAGUACUCCAGAAUCGUAUCGCCUCCUUUACGCGUUCAAAGCGCGUCAAAAGUGGCCCGAAAACGACGGUUACACUGAAAUGGCCCCAUCCGUCCAGCUUCCAGGCGAAUCCCGAGACGCUGGCAGAGGCUGGUUUCUAUUACGACCCCAGCCCAGAAGACAGGGACAGCGUUACCUGCUACAUGUGCAGCAAGCAGCUCAGCGAGUGGGACAGUGACGACGACCCGUUCGAUAUCCAUUACCGUAAAUGCGCAAAGACGUGCUCCUGGGCAGUGGUCCGGUGUGGUUUGCGAAAUGAUGUAGACCAUCAGGGAAGAUUCAUGUCCCAGAGUAAGAAUCGCAUGCCUCUAUCUAAGGUGAUGGAGAAGGCUCGGCUUGACACCUUUACAUUUGGGGAUGGAUGGCCUCACGAUAAUAUCAAGGACGGAUGCACCUCGAAGAAGAUGGCGCGUGCUGGCUUUAUAUACAUGCCCCAAGAACCGGGGGAUGACCUUGCUACAUGCUUAUAUUGCGGUGUCUCCUUGAGUGGAUGGGACGACGAUGAUGACCCAAUGUGCGUCUUCCCUUCUUUUCCCUUGACAUUAUUCUCAUUUAUUCUACAGGGAAGAGCAUCUCAAGCGAGUCAAGAAGGCCAACGGCAGCUGCCCCAUCUUCGCCGACCUUUCUCCAGCUCCCAAACCACCUCCGAAAUCGAAAUCUAA